AUGAGCAGCAAUAAUCCGUUUGCGAGGCUCGUCAACGCUCCAGCGAGUGGUGUGAAAUCCCGCCUCGCCGUUUUAGAGCCGGCGGAUUCGCAGAACGCUCCUAUCAAGCUCACGCUCAUCGAUGCUGAUCUGGAGGGCACGUCGUAUGAAUGCAUUUCGUACGAACGCGCCAAGAACGCCAAAACGGUCUAUAUCUCGGUCGAUAAUGAAGAUUUUGAGGUUCCAGAAGCAUUGGAGAGUGCGCUGCGCACCUUUCGACGCAAAGAGGAGCCCCGCACGCUCUGGGCCGACCUCCUGGUCGGGCGCACGGCCGAGGAGCGCAUUCUCGAAGGCACCACGAUCCGACAGGUCCUUGCGAACGCCGACAAGACGCUCUGCUGGCUCGGGCCCGAGAAGUCCGCAUUAUCGUCGCGGGCCUUCGACGUCAUCCACGAGAUGGCGAACCGGUGGCACCAAGCCCGUCUGCACGUCAACCUGUCGCAAGACGUGAGCCUGAGCCGCGCGACAAUGCAGCAGCUGGCCGGGAUCAAGGCGAAGCUCAGGGAGGACGAAUUCCCGGCUCUCGCGGCGCGGAGCUCCGAUUACCUUGCGAUAUGGGACGCGCUGUUCGACGCGGUCGGGUCGGCGUACUUCACCUGCGUGCAGAGCAUACCGGAGAUCGUGCUCGCAAAGGAAGCCUUCAUCGUCUGCGGACGGAGCAACAUCCGGUGGUCCAACUACGUGGGCGCAGUGCGGGCAUUCCCACUCUUCCACGCGAAAUACAGACUACACCCUAUACUCCCGCACGUAGAGAAGGCGUCAUUCUGCGUCAAUGCGAUCGAGAUAGCCGAGCGCCGUCGCCGUCUGGGCGAUACCCUCGAGCUCUUCCCCAUGAUCCAGACGGCCCGGGACUGCGGUGCCGAGGACCCUAGAGAUUACGUCUUUUCCAUGAUCCCCUUGUCCACGAGUUCGGAGCGCGUCAAGAAGCACAGCGCGGGCCCGCAGCCCCUGCCCCGCGUCGAUUUCUCCAAGACCGCGCAGCAGGUCUUCAUCGAGGCGGCGCGGUACACGGUGCUCGAGCGGCAGGACCUGUUAGUGUGGCUGAACGAGCGCGUGCCGUGCGCGAGACGCAUCCGGGACCUACCUAGCUGGGUGCCUGAUUUCAGCGCGGGGUCGCCGUCCCAAAGCCAUGUGUCCGUAACGGAGAACGGGCUGCGGGCGUGGUGGGAGACGGUUUCGCCGCGCAAGACGAUCCGGGUCCGCGAGGACGACAACGCGCUCCUCGUGCAGGCGUACGUGCUAGACCGCGUUGAGCACGUCUCGCGCGUCUUCGACAGCGGGAACUUUUCCAGCCUGUGCUACGAAGAAUACCGGAAUCUCCCUGCUCCGAGCAACAAUGAGACAGUGGAGGACAGGGACGAGCGCUUCUGGAGGACGCUGCUCAUGAACCUCAGCUCCGCCUUCACGGAAACCCUGGGCUCACAAAAGGCCGCGCCAUCGGCGGUCAUGGGCGCGAGCUUCCACAGCCUGAUGGCGCAGGAGGCCGUGCUCAAGCUGCUAGACUGCACGCCGCACGAGCUCCGGACGCCAGAAAUCCAGGCCCGCAUGCGCAACAUGCCAGAAGUAAUGGCCUUGCUCCCGAAAUGCGGCAAAGGGCAGUACUUCGCGGCGCAGUUCGGGCAGUUAUCGCUCGGAAGGCGGUUCUUCCGGACCAGCGGGGGCCAGCGUUUCGGGAUGACGGCCGUCGAAGACGUCGUCAGCGUCGAUCCGAAGUUGCGUGUCGAGGAGCGCGAGGCGGCGCGGGGAGAGCUCGGGGACGCUGCCAAUGCCAAUGCUAAUGCCAAUGAUGAUCUUCACAUGCUCACUCGGAUGGCCGGGGGCAACGCGCUAGACCCGCUCAGCCAGAUGAUGAUGAUGGACUUCCGAUCGUUCUUGCAGGCGCGGGAUCCGGAGAUGGCGAGCGCCUUUGCGCGUGCCGAGCGCGGGGAAUUAUUCCCUGCCCAACGAGAGGACCGCGCGCGAGGCGGGGUCGCGAAGGGCGAUGUCGUCGUUGCCAUCAUUGGCGGCUUCUUUCCGUAUAUUCUGCGGCCUAAACUACGCGGCGAUGAUGGUAACGAUGACGACGAGCACCUCGUUGUGUCUGACUCUGCCUACGAGUUUGUCGGAGACUGCUAUCUACACGGGUCCAUGAAUGGCGAGGACUUCAAGGUUGGAAGCCGCUACAACACUGACGUUUCUAAGAUCGUGGAUAUCAGUAUAGUAUAA